AUGAAUAACGCGUUUUAUAUGGCCCAAGCUCAAGUGAUGCUGGGAAAUAAUAUAAUGAAUCCUCAACAACAACAAAAAUGGAUGGAAAAACCUCUUGGUGAUCCUAGUGGACUUGCUUAUUUAAAACCAUUAGAUGCAUUAUUAGCAAAACAAGUUGUUUCUCUAACUGAAAUGAUGAUUGGACUUCCAACACAAGCUAAAUUUGGAAUAUUUAAUGAUAAAGGUGAACAAGUUUAUUAUGCAUUUGAAGAAUCUGAUAUUUGUCAACGUCUAUAUUGUCCUAAGACUCGUAAAUUUGAUCUUCAUAUUGUUGAUAGUACAAAUCAAGAAAUAAUACGAAUUAAACGAGAAUUUAAAUGUUGUUCCGGUUGUUGUUGGUGUGCUUGUUGUGAGGGAUGUAGUCAAGAAGUAACUGUUGAAUCACCUCCAGGAACUGUCAUAGGCUUUGUUUCACAAGAAUGUAGUUGUUGGCGUAUGCAUUAUAUUCUUAAAGAUGCUUCACAAACUCCAAUAUUAAAGAUUGUCGGUCCUGGAUGUAUUUGUGAUGGUCCUUAUACUUGUUGUUGUGAAAAUAAAUUUACAUUAUAUGGUACUGAUGGAAUAACAGAAAUUGGAGCUAUUCAUAAGAAAUAUCGUGGAUUUAUUGCUGAAGCUAUGACAUCGGCUGAUAACUUUGCUAUUCGAAUACCAAUGGAUAUGGAUGUAAAAAUGAAAGCUGUCGCACUCGGUGCUUUAUUUUUAAUUGAUUUUGGUAAUUUCGUUACAUCAGCACAACGGCGUUGA